AUGUUCCAUAAUAUAGACCUACCAGUGGGACAUUUUACCCAUCUGUUUCUGGAUGAAGCCGGCCAAGCCACUGAGCCAGAGUCCCUGAUCCCAAUGAGCCUUUUAUCUGAGACAGAUGGACAGUGUGAGAAGAUUCGUAUGCUGCUGAGUAAGGUGGGCCUAUCUGACAUCAAAGUGGGUUCUGUUGAGGAGUUCCAAGGUCAAGAGUUUCUGGUCAUCAUCAUGUCUACGGUGCGUUCUAAUGAGUCACUACAGAGUGAUGAUCUGCAGAGUGCUCUUGGCUUUCUGGCCAACCCAAAACGCUUCAACGUGGCCAUCACCCGACCCAAAGCCCUGCUUUUAAUUGUUGGAAACCCCCACAUUCUCAUUAGGGAUCCAUGCUUCAGGGCUCUGCUUCAGUACUGUUUUAUCAAUGAGGCCUAUAUGGGCUGCGAUCCCCCUCCCUCCCUUCAAGAUGUUCAAACUGUUGCAGAGGAGCAAGGGAGUACAUAAAAGAAAAAGCGGACUCAUGGAGGGUGUGUGCUUCAGCAUAGAUACACUGACAAUCCAAAUAUGUUUAGAUUUGUUUUUCCUCCUCCACAUUUUUUUUGGCUUGUCUCUGAAUAGCGCUUAACUGAAUUUCUUUAAAAAGAAAAAUAUUCUUGUUUAUGUAAGAGCUAAAUGCAGUCCCACUGGGAUAAGAAAUAAAGAUGACAUGAACAUUGCCCAAACAUUCUU